CCGGUCCCGCAGCGCCGCCGCCGCCGCCGCCUCCGCCGCUCCCGGCUGCCAUUUUAAGGUGAACAAAGCGGCGGAGGAGGCGGCAGGGAUGUUCACCAAGAAACCCUACGACAGCACCUACGGGCCACCCCCCACCUCCUACGGGCCACCCGCGGGCGACUACGGCUACGACUUCUCCGCCCGCUCGCCGCCGCCGGGCUCCUACUACAUCGAGGACGUCCCCCAGCUCUUCUACAAGUGGUCGUCGCCGCCGGGGCUGGCGCGGCUGCUGGAGGGCGCGGUGAUGCUGCUGUGCAUCGCCAUCUUCGCCUGCGUGGCCUCCACGCUGGCCUGGGACUACGGCUACGGCUUCGGCUACGGCGGCGCGCCGGGCACCGGCCUCGGCGGCUUCUACGGCUCCGGCUACUACGGCGGCGGGCUCAACUACGGCUACGGCUACGGCGGCUACUACGGCGGCGUCGCCAACCCGCGGGCGGCCAACGGCUUCAUGAUCGCCGCGGCCGUGCUCUGCUUCCUGGCCCAGCUGGGGCUCUUGGUGGCCAGCCUGAGCAAGGCCAGCGGCUCGCGGUCGCGCCGUUUCUACCUGGUGGUGAUGGUGGCGUGCGCCGCGCUGGCCCUGGUGAUGCUGGUGGCCAGCAUCGUCUACGUGGUGGCGGUGAACCCGCAGGCGCAGAUGAGCGGCGGGUACUACUACAGCCCGCUGCUCGCCAUGUGCAGCCAGGUGUACGCCGGCGGCGCCGUGCUCAACCAGUACCUGUACCACUACUGCACCGUGGACCCGCAGGAGGCCGUGGCCAUCGCCUGCGGGUUCCUGGCCGUGCUGCUGCUGUGCCUCAUCUGCGUCCUGGCGCACAAGACGCGCGGCCGCAUCUGGAAGUACGGGAAGCACAACAUCCACUGGGACAGGGUCCCCGCCGGCCCCGAGGGACCCGACGUCGAGGAGUGGGUGAAGAACGUGUCGGGCGGGACGAGCGUCCCGGACGAGGCCGCCACCGUCGCGUACUCGGAGAAGGGGGGGACCCCCGGGCCGGCGCCCCCCUACAGCCCCCCCUCGUACAGCGACCCCCCCCAGAAGGGCUGGAAAAGUGACCCCCCCUCGGACCCCCCCUCGCCCUCGGAGGAGCCGGACGCCGCCCACCCCCCCCCGAAGCUCCCCGCCCGCCGCGGCCGCCGGGGCCGGCGCCAGCCCGAGCGGGGCUCGCAGGGCUCCCUGUGCGACACCGACCCCGCCACCGCCCCCGAGUCCGGCGAGGACAGCGACCGCGAGCACUGGCACAGGCUGUACCCCCCGAUCAGCUCUCCGGGCACGCGCCAGCGCUACAAGGCGGAUUUCGGGGCGGAGCUGCGGCGCUACAAGGAGCUCUGUGCCCACAUGGACGGGCUCAACGAGCGCCUGGCACAGCUGGCAGCACAGCUGGACCAGGUGCCCGAGGACAGCGCCCAGUACCAGGCGCUGGCCGAGGAGUACAACCACCUCAAGGACGUGAAGCGGAGCCCGGAGUACCAGGACAAAAAGCGGGAAUCCAAAACCCUCCGGAACAAGCUCUUCCACAUCAAAAGGAUGGUCAGCGACUACGACAAACUCCGGGGCUGACCCCAAAGCCACCACCCCGAAAAAAAAGGGACAUUUUUGGGGGGGACACCCCAAAAAACCCCCCCCGACCCCCUCCAAAGACUUUUGUGCCUUUUUUUGCGUUAAAAAACCCCAAAAUUCCUCAAUUUGAGCCCUCCCCGGUGCCAAGGGUGCGGGGGGGGGAUGGUGGCAGCUGUUGGUGUGACCCCCCCCCCACCCCAAAAUGUCCCCAAAUGUCCCCCACACCCUUUGGGACCCCCCCAGUGCCUUCCCCUGGUUGUAAAUAGGGUUUUUUAUGGGGUUUGCACUCCCCUGGUUGCCUUAAAGGGGUUUUGGGGGUCCCAAAUUGGGGUUUGGGGGAUAAAAAAAAACCCAUUUUGGGGUUUUUUUUUCGGGGGGGACGACCCAAAUCCCAAAAUAUUUCGUAGGGAAUUGGUGGGAACUGUGGGAAUCGCGUAAUAUUUUAAUUGUUUUGUAAUAAAUGAAGUGUAAUUGUUGAUUUUCA